CAGAUGUUCAUUUCUUAUAUCUUGUUUAAGAGACGUUUAUAUGUAAUGUCUACAUAUCUGUACUAAAUUAAUAUUAAGGUACAUAAUGUGAAUGAUAUUAAUACAUGUUUUUUUUCUCUCUCUAUUUGUGUGUGUGGCUAUAGGAAGAAGAAGAUAUGGAAACCGAAACAAGUGGCGAGAAAAAAGAACCAACACAUUUCUCUGAAUUGGAUCCUAAAUCCAUGAAGAUUGUGGAUUUGAGACAAGAAUUGGAAGCAAGAAGUUUGAGUGCUAAAGGUUUAAAGUCUCAGUUAAUAGCUAGAUUAACAAAAACAUUAAAAGGUGAACAAGAAGCAGAAGAAGAAGAAAUAAAACAAGAACAGGAAAAGGAGAAAGAAAAACCAGUUGAUCCAGAAAUAUUAGAAGCUAUAGCUAAAGAAGAGGCAGUCAAGAAAGAGCAAGAAGAAGAACAGAAGAAAAAAGAUAAGAAAGAGAAAGCAUUAUUAGAAAAGAAAUACAUCAUGCCUGAUACACCAUGUUUAUUAGUACACCCUCAUCCAACAGCUAAAGGUGGUAAAUUUGAUUGUUCUGUAAUGUCUUUAAGUGUUCUAUUAGAUUAUAGACCAGAAGAUAACAAAGAACAUAUUUUUGAGGUUUCCCUCUUUGCUGAGAUGUUUAAUGAAAUGUUGAUGAGAGAUUUUGGAUUUCAAAUCUUUUUGGGAUUGAUGAAAGCACCAGCUAAGAAGGAAGAAAAGGAGGAAAAGAAGGAUAAAGAAGAGGGUAAGAAGGAUGAGAAAAAGGAUAAAGAUGAAUCAAAAGUGAAAGAUGAGAAAAAAGAUAAAGAUGAAAAGAAGGAUAAAGAUGAAAAGAAAGAUAAAGAUGAGAAAGAUGUUAAAAAGGAUGAUAAAGAAAAGGAUGGAGAAAAAAUUAAAGAAGAAGAAAAAUGUGAAGACAUGGAAGAAGAUGAGGGUGCUGAUAAAGAUGAAGAUGGAAAGAAAGACAAGGAUAAGAAAGACAAGAAGAAAGAAAAGAAGAAAUAUAUAACAACAGAUCCUGGUUUAUUGUUAUCAUUUGUUUAUUAUGAUCAGAAUCAUACUGGUUAUUUACUAGAUAAAGAUCUAGAAGAAAUAUUUACUACAAUUGGUUUACAGUUAUCUAGAGCUCAGAUAAAGAAGAUUGUACAGAGAGUUGUAACUAGAGAUAUGUUUAAUUAUCGUAAAAUAACUGAUUCUAUAGAAGGAGAGAAGAAAGAUUUAACAGUUAUAGAUGAAAUAGAAGAAACCAAACUAGCUCAGGGCAACAUGGAUUUAUUAAAACUAAGUCACAAGUCAUUGAAAAGUGGUGAAGAGAUGAAAGAAACUACAGAAAGCCAAAUGGAAGUCACUUCUAAUAUUAUACAAUAUAAAGGUUCUAUGAUAAAUAUAGACAGUCUACUAGAAAAAUUAGAUAAAAGUGAAAAGGACAGGAUGAGUAUGGAGAAGAAAAUGCAAGAUGUAGAAAAUGAAAUAGGUAUGGUAAAAGGAAGUCUUAAAGAAACAGAACAAGACAAAACCAAUUUAUCAUCAGAAUUACAGAAUGUCAGAGAUGAAAUGACUCAAAUGAAGUCUUUACAAACCCGUGUUGAAACGCAGAACAAGAAAUAUCGUCAAGUCCUACUCAAUAGUAAAGAUGUCUUAUCAAAAACUCUUUCAACUGUUAGUAAUUGUUUAUCGGAGGAAGACAAGUUACAUUCGGAAAUAAAGUAUGAAAAUGUUGUUAAAACAGAAGGUUUAUCUAAUUAAUGUAUGUGCCAUUUAUAAACUUUUUUUUAACUCAUAUUGAUAAGAGUUGUAUUAAUGUUAUUCCUGGGUUAUAUGGUAUAUUUUCAAUCACCAAUAUUUUCAUUACAUCAAGUUGUAUAUAAAAAUUGAAUAUUACUGCUGAUGAUUACCAACCGUAUGUGUGAGUACCAAAUAUAGCAUUGCAAUUGGAUUGCAGAGAAUCAGGUUCUGUCACAGUUUCUGAAGUCAGAAUAACAAAUUUUAUGUAAGCAGAAUUACAUGUAUGACCAUUAUAAAUGGUUAUCAAGAAUAGUAGUGUAAUUUUAGAAACCUGUACUGGUUCUAGUUGUCUAUUUUGUCACCUGGAAGGCAUUAAAAGUACUAAUAUGUGUAUACUCGAUGCUUUUGUUCCUGUCUUUCAGAAAAUGGAAAUUUAAGUUCCAUUCAUGCAUUUAAAUACUAUACCUUCAUUUGUGUAAUUUAGACUACACUACAGUAAGGUCUAACAAUUGACACAACUUGAACCUACAUCCAGCAGAUGCUUUGCAAUGGGCAAGAAUAUUAACCAAUUAUAAAGAAUACAGUUAACUUUCAAAGAGAAAACAGUGUUUAUAAGUAGUGUAAUCAAUCCAACAUUAAACAAGGAACAAAAUAAAAAUAAAAUUAUAAUUAUAAAAUUUGAACUCUAGCGAGGCAUUAAUUUUUUGCUUGAUCGUAAAUCAAAGUUUGACAAAUCAAAAAGAUCCUCAUAAAGCUAUUGAUUAAACAUUCUCAUGUAAUUCCUGUAAAAUAUUCCAAUGAAUUCUGAAAGUUAAAUUUCUGUUGUAAAUUAUUCAGCAUAUGCAUUUUAUAUUCUGUCUCAGUUUAAAAUUGUGUUCAUCAUUUAGUAUGUAAAUAAGGUGAAUUACCAAACUCCGAAAACCAUUCAUUUAUUUGUGAUAAUUCAAAUCUUAGUAUUGUUGUUAUAGCAUGCAAAACGAAAGCAAUGGACUUUAAUACUUUUGUCAUUUUGAAAUAUUUGUGCUUGAUGACAGCAUUUCACCUACUCUUCUUCAAAUUCCAGUUAGGAAGUCUUGGGGAGUGUUUUUAAGAGUGCUACCAAUGUGGUUGGAUGGAGCCAAAGUGGCUCAGUGGGUAAGGCACUGGCUCACUUACCAAGAGAACCAGGUUCAAUCCUUAUGUUGGCCGAUAUAGUUUCUCUGGAUUAUCCAGCAUGGUUUUCCCUUGUCAGUGUUGCAGGCAGUAGAGUCUGUGCAUGUUGGAAUUGAAAUUAAAUGAAAAAGUAGGAGGACACCGUGAUGUCCAAGCAAAAUUAGCCUCAUAGCACACGACUUGGGUGUAUGUCCGUCUUCAUAGGACAAUUAGUACAGAAUAAUAGGACAUUAAAUCCCAUUUCAUUUGUGUCUCGGUGGACCAAACAUACAUGUAUUUGUCAACCUCUUCAUAUUUAUGAAAAAAACCUACAACUUGUUAGAAUUGUUUUUGCUGAUAGCAUUUAUGUUAUUUUAAAUAUGCAGCAUUAUGUAAAUUUACUUCAAAUUAAAUCACGUCAUCUCACCAUAUGAAUAGACUACCUACCGAAUAAACCAUGUGUAUAUUAAUCAUCAUUCAUUUAUCAUUUUGUAUAAACAUCUAUUUGUCCGUUUAUUUCUGGGAUUUGUUGGAAUAUAUGCUGUUAUGCCGUGUAAAUGAAUCUGUUUCUAGAUUGAUUUGAAAAGUAAAGGAUCUAUUAAAUAC